AUGGCCUCGAGCAACCCACUUGCAGAGAAGAGUUCCCCAAUUGUCAUAAUUGGGGCUGGUGUUUUCGGACUCAGCAGUGCUAUUCAUCUGGCAAAGAGAGGAUUCACAAACGUCACCGUCUUUGACAGACAGCCGUACCAUGAAACGCGAUAUGAUUUUGAUCGCGGCUGUGAUGCUGCGUCUGCAGAUUGCAACAAAAUCAUCCGUGCUGCAUACGGCCACGAAGUAUGGUAUCAGAACCUGACGUUGGAAGCAAUUAAAACCUGGAACGAAUGGAAUGCCUCACUUGCGAAUGGACAGAGGUUGCCACCUGGUAUGACGAAGAAUGAGAAAAUCUAUGUAAAUUGUGGGAAUUAUCACAUCGGGGACGAAGGGCUGAACCCUUUUGAAAAAAUGUCUGUCGAAAACAUCUCCAAGGCUGGAUUGGGCCGUACACAAUACCUUUUUACAGAUCCAAAUGAGGUUGCAAGGGCCCAAGCAGACGGGUUGGGCCAUGCUGUUGACCCGUUCCACCAGUCAAAAGAUGGAAAAUAUGACGGCUAUCUGGAUGCUAUUGGCGGUCUGGUAUAUGCCGAUAAAGCAUGCCGAUAUGCACUCCAUUUGGCACAAGAACUUGGAGUCAAGGUUAUUCUUGAUAAAAAAAGAGGUGCCUUCGAAAGCUUCCAUGAGAAGAAUGGCAAGGUAAACGGGAUCAUCACCGCUGAUGGAAAGCUCCACGAAGCCGCCUUGACCAUUGUGGCCUGUGGGGGCUGGACACCGGGUGUUCUCCCCGAGAUCGAUGGGCUAUGUGAAACCACCGCCGGUUCGAUUGCUAUGCUUCAAAUCCCGACCGACUCUGAUUUGUUCAAGCGAUUCUCACCGGACCAAUUUCCGGUCUGGAACUACAAAGUAAGGGCGGGUCCAGCAGGAAACCUGUACGGCUUCCCAAUCACGCCUGACGGCGUCAUGAAGCUCGGAUAUCGAGGCACGAAGUACACAAACCCACAACAACAAUCUAAUGGUAGGGUUCGGAGUGUGCCCGUCACCAAGUGGACAUCCCCAUCGAUUAGUGGGCUUCCCGAAAAAUCAACGGAAGUGAUUGGACAUUUCUUGGAUACUUAUCUGCCUGAGCUGCGCGAGAAUGGCAUCAAAAUAACCAACACAAGACUGUGCUGGUAUACAGACUCGUUUGACAACCAGUUCGUCGUUGAUGCUGUUCCGGAUAAACCAGGCGUCAUGGUAGCGACAGGUGGCAGUGGACAUGGGUUCAAGUUCCUGCCUGUCCUUGGAAGGUUCGUUGCAGAUCGUGUUGAGAGUAUUCCGUCGGAUAUGCUGCAGCGCUGGCAAUGGAGACAGCUGAGAGAAGGAGAGAAACCGUUCAACGUGUUAAUGAAGGGAUUUGAAGAUCAAAACGCACUCCAAAAGACGAAGAUGAAGCAGGAGCGGGAUUUGAAGGAUGAUGGGGGGUGUAAGUCCAAUUUGUGA